UUCUGAAGGUUGUAGUGAUAUAUUUAAUUAUUGAAUUUUUUAAUUUAGUUUUGAAAUUGUUGGAUGAUUUUAUAGUAUAUUAUGUAACUUAGAUAUUUCUAAAUGUUAAAAAUUAACUAGUGAUAGUUACCUUAGAACUAAAAACAUGUCAGAGUCUCAAGAAAAAAGACAAUUUACAGCUGAAGAAUGGGAUUACCUCACGAAAUAUUUCGUGGGAAAUAAUUUCAGGUAUAGACAAAACAUUAUAAUUCCUAAAAGUGUAGGUCCAAUUCAAAUAAAGACUAAUGAAGAAAAAAUGGUAGAAUCGUUUUUUGAAAGCUGUAUGUUUAAAUCAAUGAUGAGCUGCGUAGUAGGAUACGGAUUAGGAGCUGCUAUAGGUCUGUUUUCGUCGAGUAUGGGGCCCGCUUCUGUUACAGAUACAGCGGAACCUCAAACUGCCAGACAAGUAUUUAGGGAAAUGAAAACUACUACAUUGGGGUAUGCGAAGAAUUUCGCGUUGAUUGGGGCACUUUUCUCUGGUGUUGAAUGUGUUAUAGAAUCUACUAGAGGUAAGUCGGAUUGGAAAAAUGGCACAUACGCAGGAGCAGUAACUGGAGGAUUGAUUGGUUUGAGAGCUGGUGUCAAAGCUGGUGUAGUGGGUGCAAUGGGAUUUGCGGCGUUUUCAACAGUAAUAGAUUAUUACAUGCAUUCGAGGUUUUAAAUAAUUAUAAUUCUUAUUAAUAUUGUAAAUAUAAUAUAAUAAAUAA